UAAGUUAGAGGUCAGAAACUAAAUCGCGCCCUGCGUAAUAUGCAGAGUUUAUUCGGCCUCAGAGACAGGCGACAGCGCAACUAAUGAUUUCGCUAAAGUUGUCAAGGCGACCUAUGCGAUAGCUCAAGCCUUCGAUUUGAAAAUCUAGCUUCAACUCACACGCCGCCUUGUACUUAGAUUUCAUCAUCAAAGGACUAAACGUAGCUCAUCCGAAACUUUCGCAGAAUGGCCAGGGCUUCCCCAACGCUGUAUAAAUACAGGAGAAAUCCUCUUCACUUGCAGCGUUCCUUUAACACUAUUCAUCGAGUAGCAAUACCCUCAAUAGCUAAGAAUCCUCCCAGAUUCGAACAGAAAUUCAGGAUAAGUGUCUUUCCGUGAUUCUAUCUCAUUCACUAUGCAUUUUCUAAGCUUAGUCACAGCUCUCUCGUUAGCUGGCACUUCUCAUUCCGCACCGGUGAUAUCGCCCCCGGGCACCUCGUUGGAGCCAGCUCGUCCAUCCUCAGGUCCUUCUAACAACUCGUCACCCCAUGCUCUUGAUGGCAAUCAGGACGACUGGCCGCCCCAUGAUCCGUUCACUGACGACAGCUACUGCCAUAUCCAAAUCGCGCCGGGCCCCAACUUGACGGAAGAUGAGAAGGCGCCCUUAAUGGAAUGCUACAACACGAUACUCAGAGGCGCGUGGCUCGACCAGUGGUACCAUUGCGACAAUACCUACCGUUACUUUAAGAGCUUCGGCGCCUCGUGGAAUAGCCCCGACGAUUGCUACAACGCUUGCAAGAGAUGCUUCAUCAGCGCGCUCCACGCGAACGCCGCCAACUGGUACUGUUUCCAGAUUGCCGGGUUUCUGGCUCAGUGCAACGUCAGAUACAUGCAGUAAAGCUGCGAACACUUGUUCCAUAUACGCCUUAGCUUUCGUUAGGGUUUUAGGAUGAGGGGAUCGGGGACGAAUAAUGCAUUAGCGAUAGAUACCUAGGCGUUGAUGGACGUGGUUUACGCAGACGAUGGUGUCGUGUGG